AAAAAAGAAUCUUCUUUAUCAAUGUGGGGCAACAAUAUUCCCAUCCCCAAUGGUCUAAACACCUUUGACGACAAAAAGUCGACCUACGAUCAAGAAGCCAUGCUCCGCGCCGCCGCCAUGAGCACAAAAAAACUCCACAUCGGCAUCGUGGGCGCUGGGUUCUCUGGCUUGCGUUGUGCCGAUGUAUUGCUAUCUUAUGGCCACCGCGUCACCAUUUUCGAAGCUCGCAACCGUGUAGGUGGCCGAGUGGGCCAGAGCAAUCAUUUAGGUCAUACAGUGGACUUGGGACCCAACUGGAUCCACGGAACAGACGCGAACCCGGUGUUCGAAAUCGCGAAGAAGACGGAUACGCAACUGCAUUAUUGGGAUGAGAGACAGCGGAUCUUGGAUACUGAUGGCACGCCGCUAUCGACCGAGGAAGCAGAAGAAUAUGGCAGUAUCUUGUGGGAGAAUGGGUUAAUCUCUCAAGCCUUCAAGUACAGUAGAGAAAAUACUGCUACCAUCGACGCUUCAACCUCUUUGAUGGAUUACUUUGCCGAAAAGGCAGAGACCCUGUUCACGAAUCUGGAAACCAAGGAGGCACAAAGGAAGAGAAGGACUUUGUUAAAGGUAUGUGACUUCUGGGGCAGUUAUGUGGGGAGUGCUACGACGCAGCAAAGUUUGAAGUACUUUUGGUUGGAGGAGUGUAUAGAAGGUGAGAAUCCUUUUGUUGCGGGUACUUACACGAAGAUUCUGGAACAUGUGGCGAAACCUGCGCUGGAGAAGGCGGAGGUCAAGUUAGAGACGAAGGUUGAGGGUAUAAUAAGGAGAACGAAUGAAGGCGAAAAGGUCAAGGUGGAGGUUGAUAACGGAGAGAAGUAUGAGUUUGACGAGGUGGUCAUGACGGCACCUUUGGGAUGGUUGAAGAGAAACAAGAACGUCUUUGUCGAUGGGUUGACGGAGGAGCUGAACACAGCUAUCGAUGCUAUUGGGUAUGGUUCUUUGGAUAAGAUCUACAUCACCUUUCCCACCGCCUUCUGGGAGACAUCUCUAGAAGAAGGAGAACCAAAAGGCACCGCUACCAUCACCAGUUCCAAUACCCCAAACACAACAGCAACAACAGCACCACUACAUCAAGCCUCUUCCACUACUCCAACAACAGGCUAUCCAGGAUUCACCCACUGGCUAGCACCCACCUACUCACCCGACGCAAACCCGCACCAAUGGGACCAACAAGCCAUGAAUCUCGCCGCUCUACCAGGCACCUCUGCACACCCCUCCCUCCUCUUCUACAUCUACGGCGCUUGCUCCACUCAUAUCGCCUCUCUCGCUCAACUACCCCAACCCACCCGCGAUGAAUCCCUCAAAGCUUUCAUCGCACCCUACAUCUCUCGCCUACCCAAUUACUCUGUUAAUUCUGCUGCUUGCAAGCCCAAAGCAAUCUUUGCGACAGCUUGGGCGGGAGACGAGUUGGCUGGUUAUGGCAGUUAUGCAAAUUUUCAGGUUGGGUUGGAGGAUGGAGAUAAACAUGUGGAGACCAUGAGGAAGGGCAUGCCAGAGCGAGGCAUUUGGAUUGCUGGCGAGCAUACGUCGCCGUUUGUUGCUUUGGGUACGGCGACGGGGGCGUAUUGGAGUGGUGAGAAGGUUGCACUGAGGAUACUGGAGAAAGCUGUAGCAGGGUACAAGGAGGAAGGAGAGAAGUAG